UUUUGACUCCCCGGAACAGACUACGUAUGUAGUGUGCACACGGCACCGCCUUUUUUUUUUACCGGCCCAUAUCCUGUUAAUUCGUGGAACCUCAUUUAUUUGGCGCCAAACACGCGUGGUGUGAACAGUUUAGCUUUGACGCAGUAAGGUAACCACAAAAAUGUCUGAUCCCUGCAAUUGCUUAGAAACUGGAAAAUGUGAGUGCGGGGAAACCUGUCCACGUAGCGGAUGUAAAUGUGGAUCCGGAUGUAAGUGUGGACCCGGGUGCAAGUGCACCGGAUGUCAAGUGAAAUGCAGCUGCACCGCGGGUAAUUGCGCCUGUGGACAAGGCUGCACCGCACCUGAAUCUUGCAAAUGCGCAAAUGACUGUUGCUGCAAAAACUGUAAAUGUCCCGGAUGUCAAGUCAAAUGCAAUUGCAGCGGAACCUGUGGUUGUGGAAAGGGCUGCACGGGACCUGAAAGUUGUAAAUGUACCGACAGUAGCUGUGUCUGCAAAAAAUGACUCCAUGGUCACGUGACUGAUUCUCAUUGUAAAGAACAAAAUAAAUUCAGAAUGUGCCAUAAA